GCUGCUCAGCCUGUGGGAGAGGUGACAGGUCAGGGUGGGCAGGCGCUGCAGGUGGCAGGUGCUGUUUCCCACCUCACUCCAAGGGCCGCAGUGGAGGCUCGGGAUUGGCUGGCUGAGGUUCAGACACCACACCCAGCAGCACAAUCCACUUGGACUCCUCCGGAGGUCCCGGAAUUUCUGCCUCGUGACACUCAGCAAAAGGGGCCAUGCACAGGAAGGUCCGGAUGGGUGGUUUCUGGGCUGCUGAGACAGGAGGGCUGCAUGCCAAGGGAGACCAGUGUGGCUACUCACUGGCUGGCAUGUGGGCUGCAUCUGGUCUCCAGCCGAGCAGCGAAGUGUCGAGGCCCCAAGCGAAGGUAGAGAUGGACCUCUUCAGCAGGAGCCUUCGACGGGUCCUCCCAGAAGCCCAGGGCAUGAGCCUGAAGAGCCUGCCACGCAACCUGUCCAGGGUGAAUGGCUGGUCGUUGCCCCUCCACCCCUUCCAGGCGGUCUCCUGGGCCACCUACCUGGUCUUCUCUGUUGUCAACUUUGGGAUCAUCAUUCCGCUCCUGCCAAGCAGUUGGAAGUACAUUGCCUACUCGGUGAUCGGUGUCGUGUUCCUGUUCCACUUGGUCGUCCACCUCACCGCGGUCACCAUCGACCCAGGCGAAGCCAACGUCCGACUCAGGAGCUACUCCAAGCCGGUGCCCACCUUCGACCGCUCCCAGCAUGCUCAUGUGAUCCAGAACCUGUCCUGCCACCUGUGUGAGCUCGCCGUGAAUGAAAAAGCCAAGCACUGCAGCUCCUGCAACAAGUGUGUUGCUGGCUUCGACCACCACUGCAAGUGGCUGAAUAACUGUGUGGGGAGCAGAAACUACUGGUUCUUCUUCUGCUCCGUGGCCUCAGCCUUGGUAGGCCUGCUCUGCAUGAAUGUCGUCUUGCUGUACAUCUGUAUCCAGCACUUCAUCAACCCCAACAAGCUCCGCACGGACUCCAGCUACAAAGCGACUGCAGGACACGGGCCUGGGAACAGCUCUGAGUCUGUCAGCUCCAGACAUCAGGACAUCUGCAGACCCCCAGUAGAGAGGGUGGAGCCUGCUGUCCCACGCUGGAGCAUUCCCAGCCAAGAUGACAUCAGUGCUGUGACCAUAUGGCUGCUGUUCCUGCCCAGGUGGCAUGUGCCCGUCCAGACUCCCGUGGCCCUCUGCGUGAUGGGCGGAGUGCUGAUUGUGGGCAUGGUCAGCUUCCUGCUACUUGGGCACCUGUUCAUCUUCCACAUCUACCUGUUGGCCAAGAACAAGAGCACAUUUGACUACGUCCAGCACACCCGCUUCCCACAGGGCCCGGAGCCGCCAGGGAGGACGCAGCGGGUGCUGCAGGUGGAGGAGGCGGCUCCACAGGCGCUCAGUAAGGACCAGGUCCACCCGGGAAGAUGCACUGGGCCCAGCCAGCUCCCAGCCACCCUCGCUGCAUCCGUUGGGGACACCGAGGCUGGCCUGCAGAUGGCCUGGGGAGACCGCCAAGUGCAGUACACACCACCACAGGCUGAGUCUGGCACAGACUCGCAGCUACCUGGAGCUGCGCAUGGGGCUGUGAGUCCACAGCAGAGCCACAGCCAUGCAGCUCCGGGGGCCCAGCCCCAAGGCCCUCCCUCCACAGCCUGCCAGCCCUGCACAGAUGCCGCCAAGGACAGAGGGGUGUGAGCUGACUGCGGCCCCCACCUGUGAAUCUGUGUCAGUCGAGUAGCCCAAACCUCUUCUCAAGCUGUGGAGAGUGAGCAUGCCUGCCCUUCCCGCCUGGGGCAUGUGGCUGUGCAAUGGGUGGCACAAGGGCCGAGGCGGGACAAAAGCAAGCUUCCCUUCCUCCAUGGGGCCAGAGUUUGGAGCCCCACAGGCCACCAGCUGAACACACUUCUGCACUCACAAACAUCACAGACCCCUUACACAGCAGCCUUGUGGUGCAGCCGCAGUGGACCCUUGGGCUCGAGUCUCCGAAACACUUCUGCUUCAUAUGAGCCCCUAGGCCUGGCUGUGUCUUUCCCACAGAAAGGCAGCAUCCUUUCCAGUUACAUGGCCCAUGUGGUCACAGCUGACUCUGGAAGAGAGAAAAUCCAGCUUGACACCUAAAAAGCAGUGGGAGCAAAUGACCAACUCAGGAUCUUCUCAGCUGGCUCUGACUGAAGCUGAGGCAUUGCCAGUGACUGGAGCAGAUGCUGCCCUCAGAACAACAAGGGGUCUGCAGCUGCUCGUGGUACUGCAGGCCAGGCGUGUGGAGGGCAGCUGCACUGUGGGUGGCAUUGCGCUUCUCAGCGUGCAUGAGGAGUCCCAGAAGGGAGGUGAGGCUGGGCCACUGUGCUGGGUCACCUCAGCUUCAGCAGGGAAGACUCCUUCCCCUUGCUUCCGGCUGCCGAGCACAACAGCGCUCAGGAUGGGCCAUCGCCAAGCAGGACUUCAAAGCUACUGUAGAUGAUGAGCCGAACUUCAAAAGGGGGGCAUCAAGUUUUGAAUGAAGAAUGUGAUCAGAAAGGAUACAAAGCAGAGCUCAGCAGGAAGGAUGGGUUCAUCCCCAAGAACUACAGAGAUGAAGCCACACCCCUGAAAAUCCCCAGAGCCAAGCAGAAGAAAUGCUUAGCAAACAGCAGCACGAUGGGGCCUUUCUCACCUGAGCCAGUGCAUGUGCUCCUGGGGACUUCCCUCUCUGUCAGGUGCGGAAUGUGUGCAGCACUUCCAGGUGCUCUGAGCCCAAAGGAAUUUCCUCUGGGUGGUGGAGCUCACCUCUUUGAGUGGCACAUGAUCACAGAACAACAUCUGUGUCAUGAAACCCGCAGGACAGAGAGCAGGUGCCACAGCAGCGGGUGUGUGUCCAGGCCCUCUCUGCCUUUGACCCCGGAGGGCGGUGAGCUGGACUUCAGUCAGGGAGACUCCAUUCACAUCGCAGAUAACUCAGACCCCUGUUGGGGGAAGGGCCUUGCCACGGGCAGACUGGCCUGUUUCCCCGAAACUCCGCCACCCUGGGAACAGAAACGUCUAAGAAGCAAGAGGGAGUCUUUAAAGAAGUGAAAAAUUGAAAACACAAAAGAAUUACGCCCAGCAGCUGCCUCUAGCAGCAUCCUGCAGUAGCUCAGAACAUUCAGCUGCACACUGCUGAGCCUCUCACUGUGUGGAAGCUUGCCAGGUGGGAAUGGGGUUGGACAUCAAAAUUCACCUAUCGGAUGAAGUUUGCAGUUACAGAUUCUCCUGUUUCCCUCUUGUGUCCUUUUGCUUAUCUUUUGCUCCUGUCCUACAUACGUGACAUUUAAGGCUCCAUAUAGUCCCAACUGAUACUAAUAGCGAAAGAAGAGAGAGAGAGAGAGAGAGAGACAAGGAGAGAGAGAGAGAGAUCUUCCCAUAAAAAUGUCCCUAGCACUCAUAGAUACCUUUUUUUUUCUUUUGAGAUAAGGUCUCAUUCUGCAGUCCAGGCUGGCCUCAAACUCAUGAUCCUCCUGCCUCAGCCUCCCAAGUGCUGGGAUUACAGGUGUGUGUCACCACGACCAACUUCUACUGAACAUGUUAAAACAGAAAUACCAAUUGCACAAAAGUCUUUCAGAAGGUGGAGGAGGAUGUGGCAAAUGGCAAAAACCACUCAUAGAAUAUUAGCAAACCAAGUCCAGCAACGAAUAUACAGGAUUGUACACUAGGAUUAGUGAUUUUAUUCCAGGAAAGCAACACUGGAUUAGCAUUUGAAAAUCAGUUAAAUAAAGCAAAAUAUUAAUAGAAUAAAGGACAAAAACCUAUGUGUCUGGCAAUUAAUGCAGAAAAUGGAUUGAACAACAUCAAAUGCCUUAUGCUUUCUAAAGAUCACAACAACCUAGGAAUAAAAAGAAAACAGUAGUUGCGUUUUGGGGCUGAGGAUUUAGCUCAGUGGUUCAGCUGCCUGCCUUGCAAGUGCAAAGACCUGAGUUCGAUGCCCAGUACCAAACAAACAAACAAACAAACAAACAAAAAAGAAAACAGUGGCAAAAACCACAUAGUGCCAGUAGUUUCACUUCAUACAGAAGACUGGAUGCUCUCUCCUAAGACUGAGUGCAAGGCAAGGCUGUCCACUGUCCCACUUGGAUGUACUUAAGUCUCAAAAAAGAGGCCUACAGAAUACCAGGGGAGACUUUGUUCAUAACCCUAAAAAACACAUAAACAAGUUGGAAUAAUGAAGUACUUUAAUGGAGAUGUAGGGCAUAACACCAAGACAAGAUGUCACUCAUUUCCAUGUCCUAGCAACCGGAAACCUGUUACUUUUUAAAAACUAUUUCAUUCAAAAUAUUGCUGGACUGGAGGGCCAGGGAUUUAGCUCAGUGGCACCGUGCCUACCUGGCAAGCACAAGGUCCUGAGAUUGAUUCCCAGUACCACAAAACAAAAACAAAAAACCCCACCAAAAUAUUAUCAAAAAGAACAAGCUUAACAAAACGUGUGCAAAUCUGCACCCUAAACACAACCAACUGUGGCCGAGAGAAGUGGAAGACAAUCUGUUAAGUGAGAAGAGAGACGAUGACGGUAGAUUGGAAGACUCUCGUGAAAACAGUGUCCCGGGCUGAUGUGCACCCCGACCUCACUGCACCCAGCAGCCUGGUGUUGUGCUUUAGGGUCAGCCUGUGUUGCAAGGGUCUGGGGCCUGAGUAGGGCGAGGGAAGGUGAAGAAAACGAAUGAAUUAAAGCGGGGCCAGGCGGGACUGCCCACCUGCUCACAUGUGAGUAUCGAUUUAUUUAAGGCACGAGGAGGAAGAGUAUAAACAAAGAGAUGGGGCAGGUUGCUUUCGGUAAGUUGUUAUUUUAAUACAUUUUGAGAAUAACUGACUGAUAAGACUGGUGGGAACAGAGACAUGAGCUUGGUUUUAGGACCACGUCAACUAGGACUAUAAUAAAAAGUAUAAGGAACA